AUGGCGGCGCAUGCAGUAGCAAGAAGCUAUGGAAAUCUCUCUUUGAAUGACAUUUUUGGAGAAAGAAAGAAGGCUUCAUUCGAUGAUCAUCUUGCUAAAGAUAUUUCAGCAAACUUUUGGAACGAGGGUCGAUUUGCUGUUCCUCCCGGGACAGACGUAAGUUGUAUUCAAAGAAAUGUUAAAAUUGCUUAGUCACUGCAAAAUGAUGAGCUGUUGUUAAGAUUUUAUUUUCCUUCAAAAGGAUUACCUUUUCUCUUUAUAAUCCUUUUAAUACUGUGGGCGAUUCGCUGUAGUAAAGGAAACAGUUCAAGAAUGGUAGGUCAGACUAAGUUAUUUAAAAUUUUCCACGUGUUUGUGAACAAACAUGUAAGGUUGAAUUGUCAAACAGGCUGUAAUAAGUCGAUGACCUGUUCCCAGCCCAUGUUUUCUAUGAAAAAGUUAGAUCUUCUAGUCGUCCAAGAGCAAUAGUUAGGCACCACUGGCCACUGGCCACCAGGCACUGCCAGAGCACAGCUUUGUUGAUCAUCAAAAAUUAUGUAGACAGUAAAUCAAUGUUACUCAAUAUUUGUGGUAUUUGUGAAUCAACAGGUUAAUUUGUGGAUAAAAGUUGAUAUACACAACAUUCUCAACUGAUUAUCAAAAUCAUUGACGAAAAUUGAGUCCAAUCGAACUUGUGUUCCAUGAGCUGUUUUGUCUUUUCAGAAUCAGUCAAUAUCAAUAAUGACAAGAAAUUAUUGAUUUCUAUCUACCGUAAAUCCUCUAUUAUGCCCCCCUCUCAAAUAUUCCCCCUCCUUCUAAUAAGCCCCCUCUUUUCAGGGGAAGAAAGUUAAUAAGCCCUCCUAUCUAUUACGACCCCCCUUCCCACCUUAUUAUUCUUCACUAAUAAAAUAAUGAUAGACUGUAUUAAUCAAUCGCAACUCUAAAACUUUGUGUGGACUGAUCCAGGAUGGUUUAUUUACCAACUGGAAGUUUCGAUUUAAUUCUGAUCCUCGGCUGUAUGACUUAAAACUUCUUAUACUUGAGCUUUUCCACUUUGUAUUCUUGUUCUUUGUAGAGAAACGAUACCAUUGUAGUUUUUAAAUUGAAUAAGCCUCCUUCCGUCUCAUAUAAGGCCUUCGUCUCUAUGAAGCCCCCUGCCUCAAAUGGACUUGAAAUAAAUAAGCCCCCAGGGGGAUUAAUAGUGGAUUUACAGUAUUUCCAAUGUUUUCAAUUGAUCUUUAUUGAAUUCACUUGACCACAAUUGACUUUUGUCUUUCAAAACUAUUGACAUGUCAUUCCCUGCGUCAAAGUAUUGGUAUUUGUUGUGUUAUUAAACAUUUUUAAGAAAAGGGGUAAAACUUCCAUACAACCACAUACCUUUUUACAAUAGAGCCUCCUAUUGUCAUCUUGGGUGAAGAAGAGAGAAGGAGGCUCUGUGUGAAUGACAUAAAACCUUUGAGGUCGCCUCAGCCCAAACUUGUGGUCCAGUCAAGCUUGUUUUCUCUCACUAAACUGUUUUUUUUUUGGGUACCCGUCACUAGAAAGUUAAGAACAGAAUUCGCUACCCAAUAGCAAAACCCACUAUCCCAGGCUAUCGGACAUGACUAUCUUUGCACUUUGUAUCACUACUUUAUAACCAACGUUAGACUCAUUUCAACAUUAUCUUUCAGCCUGUAGAGUUUUUAAGACCUUUUGCUAAUGGUGAAGGUGAUGUCAAAAUCCAUUUCGACCAUGGGACAACUACUCUGGCUUUCAAAUUUCAACAUGGUGUGAUUGUGGCAGUUGAUUCAAGAGCAACAGCAGGAUCCUAUAUUGGUAGGUCUAUUUUUCUACAGAUUAGUCAGUUAUCUGCGUGCAGAGUACUAACUUAUCUAUAGGUUGUGCUGAUUUCCAAAAUUAAAUCUGGCUAAAUGUAAUUUAGGCGAGGUUAAACGCGAGACAACGCUGGCCAGCGGUUUCCUUCAUUAAUCGUAUGUGGGGCAGCCUCGGGGUUUAGCAGGGCCUUAGUGAUUUUACACUCGUGUUGCUUUUGCGUGCAGUAGUUAUAGUUGUUUUUUGCCCCCAACCCUCUCUCCUGUCUGGAUGCUGUUUUGGUAAGUAUCUGCGCCUCUUUUCACUGAGGUUCUCUUUGUGACGGGUACCUGGUGGGUGCCGAUCUCAGGGUUGUCAUGGUUACCUUCUAAGAUCACUUGCGGCCCCCUUCCAUUUCUUCAGGCACCUUCCCCACACCCAUCUAUUGUUGAUGGGUUUAACUGUUUUGUAGGCACAAAGCCAAUGAGGGCACAGAUAGUGAGUACAAUGUAAAACUAUAAUAAACACAGUAAUAAUAUUGGUAAUGUUCCUUUUGCUUAAAAUAUAUAAGCUAAUUCUAACCAAACAACCAGAUGUUUAAGGUCACAGCUGCCUUAUAGUUGAGUCAAUUCAACGUGGCUUUUUACAGGGAAAUGAAAUAUUUUGGAAUUACAUUACAAUAAUUUAUUUGAUUUUGUAGAAUGGUAAAAAAAAUUAGUGCUACACGUAAACUAAAAGAAAUACCAAAGGUUUCAUGAGCAUGGUCCUACCAUAGCAUUUUGUCCACAGUUUGAAGUCAACAGUAUUGUUUAAAAUAGAAGGCAGCCAGCACAAAAUGACCGCCUACUUCCUGAUUUUGGUCAGUUACACUGCAGUGCUGAUUCUCCAAUUCUUUGGCGAAAGAUUGGAAAACCAUCUGCCUACCUACUUCAACAACAACAAAACCACCUUCUUUAAAACUUUUUUACAACCCUUGUCAAAGAACAUUUCAAUUCUUUCUAAGUAAGCAGUAGAAGGUAGAGUAUUCACACAUAUUAACUUUUCUUUUAUGCAGCAUCACAGACAGUGAAGAAGGUAAUUGAAAUCAAUCCAUAUCUACUUGGAACUAUGGCUGGUGGAGCUGCUGACUGUUCCUUCUGGGAAAGACUGCUGGCCAAACAGUGCAGGUUAGUUUAGGUUUCAACUUUCUUUCAGGAAUUGGAAAUUAUACUCACAACAUUGAAAUAAUUACACUGUUAUUGUAAAUGUGAGCAAAUUUACAGGCAUGUCCUAGGCUACUGAACAGAUUUAUUGCUUUUGCUCUCAUGAAAGGUCAUGUGAGAAAAUAUGAAAAUUUCAAAUGUUAAUUUGUGAAGUCCUUGGAAAAAAAUGAAAUUAAUGCACAUAGCUUCCAUAGUUACAUAGUUUGAAAGAAAGGGAAAUAUAAUUUGAACCAAGGUUACAGUUGAAGAAUCGUGGAAGCUUUGCUAAGGAGUAACCUUUGGACUCAGAUGUGAUGGACUGGACCACACAAUAUGAAUCCAAUAGCUUCCUUUUUGUCUUUAUGGACUAAGUUGACUAAUUUUUUUUCCCUUGAAAAGGUGUGCUUGAAGAGAUUGGAACUUGUUCUUGAUUACAAUACCGUACUUUGUUUGUUUGUUUUAGAAUUUAUGAGCUGCGAAACAAGGAGAGAAUAUCAGUGGCAGCUGCUUCAAAACUCCUUGCAAACAUGGUGUACAACUACAAAGGCAUGGGGCUGUCUAUGGUAAGAGCACUCCCCUGGUUUACAAAUUUUAUCUCACUUUUUGCAAUCGGUUGACACCUCUCCACAAAUGUUAGAUUCAGUUUUUAUAAUGUUAGGCAACUUCAUACUAAGUUUUUUAAAUGAAGUACCUAACAGACUUGGUUCCAUCAGCUAAUUAGGGAAUUGCUGCUCUCAGAGGCUAUACUUAUUAGCUUAGUUUCUUCCGUUACAUUAGUGUUUCUGUUUCUGACUUAAAGCAAUUUAAUUAACAUGGCUUCAUUUUUUUUUCAGGGAACUAUGAUAUGUGGCUGGGAUAAAAGAGUGAGUAGCUGUUUGUGAAUUCAUCUUGAAGUUACAUGGUUUGCUUCCCUUGACUCUUGGUUCUAAUAUUGUUCUUUUCUGUUAAAUUUGGGUCACAAAAUUUGAACCAGGGAUAAAAUUGAACCACAUGUUUUACACUAAUGUUUGGAUCUUUAAGGGUCCAGGGCUGUACUAUGUGGACAGUGAUGGCACACGCUUGUCAAAUGAUAUGUUUUCUGUUGGGUCUGGUUCAACCUAUGCUUAUGGUGUGAUGGACAGUGGCUACAAGUAUGAGUUGUCUGUUGAAGAAGCUUAUGAAUUGGGUAAGAGAGCCAUCUACCAUGCCACUCACAGGGAUGCCUACAGUGGAGGAGUUGUCAACUGUAAGUAUGGCGUGAAGAGGUACUAAGAAGUAGAGGCAAGGCUCAGAUUUAAAAUGAGUUGCUCUACUCCUCCCAACACUCAUGUUACAGGAACAAAUUCUUAAAAUGUUUUGAGCAAGUAGCACCGUUGUCAGAAAGUUUUGAAGUAAAUGGCAGAGUUGUCAAAGUAAGUGGCCGGUCCAGGGAUAUUGUAUUUAAAAAAUGCCAUUUGUAAAGAAAUGCCAAGCAGAGUAGCCAGUUGAUACUAACCAAGUAGGUAGUGAUUUUCGCCAGCAGCCAGCUACUUUUGAUAACCCUGCAAACAGGCAAUAUCAACUGGCAGGUUGCUCAUAGUAUGACCUGUUUGAAGCACUCAUUUUAUCACACAUUUUAGGCAAUUUUUUUUCCUUUGCUUGAGCCUCGAAAAGGAUGUUGUACAUCCCACUUCUGCAAGGGAUAGCUUCUCUCCAACGGUUACACUGAAUACAAUUUUCUGACUCUUUGCAGAUAGGGGCCAAGCCCCAGUUAAAGUAAAAUGUAUGGAACAGGAUCCCUUGGCACCUACAGUUAUAUUGGGGUUCCACUGUCUUUUUUUCUUCUAGUAAAUGGCCUAAGCCCGCCUUGGUGACAAUGAGUUCCUCCCUCAUGGAUUUGAAUCCCAUGAAGGGCUUAGACUUUUUUUCAUAAGCAAGACAAAGAUAACAUGUUGCUCAAGCGUUUUACUGUUUUUUAUUACAGUGUAUCACAUGAGGCAAGAUGGCUGGAUAAAAGUUUCUCAAACGGAUGUCGCUAAGCUGCAUUACCAGUACCAAGAAGAGAAGCAAAACUUAUAGACUGAAAAUCUGAACGUUUGCCCUAAUAAGAUAUGUGCUGUAGAAAGGUUCAAUAAAAUUUUUGUGUUGCAUGAUUUUGUCACAUUCACUCAGUCUAUACUAAGGUGCUAGUUACCGAUGCCUGUUUGUUUACUGUCACAAUCUGCCUUUUAUAAUUUUGUCCUUUGACGAUUAUUAUUCCACUUUAUUUUACUUUCAAAUAUACUCGCAGAACAC